AUGACCGAUAAGAUCUUCAAACUUGCCGACGCAGAUGGCCAUUUCCGGCGCAAGGCUUCGGCGUUUAGAUCUAGCGUGUCCAGAGACGCAUCAGCUGAAUUCCCAGCCGAGAAGGACCGCUAUGUUCUUUACAUCAAUUACGGUUGUCCAUGGGCCCACCGUGCGAAUCUACUCUGGCAUCUGAAGGGACUCCAGGAUAUCAUUCAGAGGGUAGUCACAGACCCUGAACUUGGACCAGAGGGGUGGUUCUUCUCGGGCCGAUGGGGUUCCGCGGAGAAGGAUCCGCUAUAUGGAUUUAAGUAUCUCAAAGAGCUCUACUUCAAGGCAGACCCAGAGUAUGAGGGGAGAUUCACAGUUCCGGUGCUAUGGGACAAGAAGAAAGAGACAGUCGUCAACAAUGAGAGUAGCGAGAUCAUUCGAAUGCUCUACACUGAAUUUGACGAUCUCCUCCCAGAGCACUUACGCGAAAUCAAUCGUCCAGGAGGUGGUUUCUAUCCGGAAAAUCUGAGAAAGAAAAUUGACUCUAUGAAUGAAUGGGUAUACCCGCAAAUUAACGAUGGAGUCUACAAGGUAGGGUUUGCCACGAACCAAGAGGCGUAUCUCAAAAACAUCUACCCCCUUUUUGAGGCCUUGGACCGAGUCGAAGCCCAUUUGAGUCAGCCGGAACACCAGCCGUUCUUAUUUGGAGACCAUAUCACUGAGGCUGAUAUUCGUUUGUACACGACAAUCGCGAGAUUCGAUGUUGCCUAUUAUUGCAUUUUUAAAUGCAACCUGAAGAUGAUCAGACACGGUUACCCGCUCUUGGACCGUUGGUAUCGCAGACUUUACCAUGACGAGUCUGAUCUAACUCGUGGAGCAUUCAAGAAAACGACAUACUUUGAAAUUUGCAAGUUCGGCUAUUGCGUUGCUAUCACUAAGAAGUCAGGGAGCACCCAGCCAGUGGUGAUUCCUGCUGGGCCAGUUCCUGAUAUUCUACCCUCAGAGUAA